AGUACCAUCUUUAUUAUUAUACGUGAUCUUACAUCGGCAUGACUACCGUCUCCUUUCCCAUCCUUCGUCUCCCUCAAUCUAUAUUUCAAAAAACGCUCAAACAAAUGAGCCUAGUAGAACACAUCUCUCUAUCAGUGCUCUCGAAGAAGAUCAAACAACUCAUUGCAAUGCUAAACAGAUGUCAAUUGGCUAGCAUAAUAAUUAUGAGACCAUCGAUAUUGAUAAAGCUAAACACAACCCUUUUUCAUGGUUUUCAAUUAACUCUCAAUAGUAAACAGUCGAUUGUUGAGAUUCUCCAGUGUAUCAGUGGCCGAUAUCAACUUAAAAAGCUAAAUGUACAAGCAUUCAGUGAUAUCAAAUGGCUUGAACAUAUUUUUGAAGUUUUUAUUCAAAAUCAAAGAGUAUCUGUGGAAUUCUUUGAUUCAUCGUUCCAUUUCUUUGAAAUUGCUAAGAAACAUAUUAAAGAACUAAAAGUAGUUAGUCUGGGAAUAAUUAGCUGUUAUGACAUUAAAUAUUGUCAGUUGUCUCAAAUUUUUCCCUGCCUAGAAAAUUUGAUUGUUUUAAAUGGCCCAAUUUCUAAACCUACCCUCACGCAAAACUUUAAAAAACUACAACUCACUUAUGGAAAAAUGACCCUAGACGAUUUAUUUUUCUCUAAUUGUUCAGAGUUUAUCGUAACCUGUGACAGCUUUUCCAUCAAAGAUCUGAACAUCCUUGUAAGACAGUGGAUAAGAGGAGCUAUCCCCAGUCUCAAAUCAAUCACUAUCCGUUUUCGGAACAUUACUGAGAACCGUUUUGAUGAAUGCGCACUUUUCAAAGAAAUCGAGUAUACUAGAAAGGAAGAAGUUCAGUCCGUAAAAAGGUUUACAAUUGAGAGACAUGAUGGAACCAUCGCGAACGUCUUGCUUUAUUCAACAACUCGUUUUUACUUUACUCUCGUUGUUGGUGAAUACGAGUGGAUUGGACACUUUGCGAGCAUAUGGAUGUAGCUCAUUGACUCUGUAUUUUUUAUUCGCCUGAUUGUGAAUAUUGUUUCUUUUUCAAAAAUACAAUAAAUAAUUUAUUGAUUCUU